AGGAAGUUGAUGAGUGACUAAUGACAGUCAUUGACCCUCAUCCUCCUCCUCCUCCUCCUCCCGCCUUUUUAACGUCCACGCGCUUGUCACGCGCGUGCUGUGAGGCGUCAUGAGCAUCACUGAUGGAGCAGAACCUUUAAGCAGAACCAUGUCUUUAGGAAGCAGCACCAGAAGCGGCUUCUCAGUCAGGGACAUUCUGGACUUACCUGCCGGUUCUGGUUCGGACGACCCGGAGGAGGCCGACACCGACGAGGCUCCCGUGAAUGCUCCUUUUGGCCGGAACCACGAACUGGACCACCUGCAGCUGUCAGUGCACGCGCGUCAGGAUGAGUCUGUGGGCUCGCGGCAGGAGACGGCGAGCGGCGCGGCGGCGCGGCGAGCUGGCGGCAAGAAGCGGCGCGUUCUCUUCUCCAAAGCGCAGACGUCCGAACUGGAGCGGUGGUUCCGACAGCAGAGGUACCUGUCCGCGCCCGAGAGGGAGCACCUAGCCGGCCUGAUCCAGCUGACCCCGAACCAGGUGAAGAUCUGGUUCCAGAACCACCGCUACAAGAUAAAGAGGGCCCGGGCCGAGCGCAGCCUGGAGGCGCUGCGGCUGCUUCAGGCGCGGAGGUUCGCCUUCCCGGUUCUGCUGCAGGACGGCAAGCCCUGCGAGCGGGUCAGAGGUCAGGACCUGCGUCUGGGCCUUCCUGUGUGCGCGUACACGCACGUGCCGAACCCGGAGCAGGCCGGCCUGAGGCAGCUGACGCAGACCUGGACCAGCUGGACCUGGUGAAGCUGGACGGUGGCGGACUGGUUCGUGAUUUGACUCUUUCGAUGUUUAUGGACCUUCUGUGUUGAGAACAAGAAAAACACGUGAGCAAAUCUUCAAAUUCAAGCACUUUUUUCGUUCAAAUUAUCAACCUUUUGGUUGUUGUUUUUUUUACUUGUUCACAUGAAACAUUUGAAAUGUUAA